AUGUCCCUUCCUAUCGAGUUGGAAAAAGCCGUAACGGUUUCUUUGAGCGAAUAUCUGAACUUCUCCAGAGAACGUGGGCCACUCGAGCAGGUCACGCUUGGUACUGCAGCCCUGCUCAAGGACACGCUUUGGAUCCCGCCUGCUGAAAACACGUUGCCUCCGGCUCAAACUUUCUCGGGGACCAAGUUUGCUGCUAUCUAUGUUUCUCGAAACGAUAAUCAUGGGCCGAACGAUAAAUACGACUGCCGCAAUGGCAAAAGUAGCUUCGACCCUUUGCCAAAUGGGAUAAAACUUUACAACAUCCCUUGGAAUAAUAACCAGUCCGAUUGCAUUGCUGUUGCAAAGCUCUCUAUCACUGCAGGAACAACGCAGUGCUUCCAAGGAGACCCGAAUAUCCACUCAGAGUCAACAUGCAUUCUCUCAUCUGGAGCUAUUUUUACCGAAAACACCGAGGCUGCGUCAGAUGUUCUUGUUGAGGAAGUCUUCUCUGCAAUGCCGGAAGUACAAGCUUUUAGGAGCUGCCCUUGGUUUAUCUAA